GUUUCUAUGGUCCAGGCAGGGAGCACUGCUAUACGCGGCCGGGAGGGCGAAACGCGCGCGCGCUGUCGUUGGAGCUGUCGAGAGCUGUCCUGGGCGACGCGCGCAGCACUCAGAUCUACGUGAGGGUGUCUAGCGGCUGUGAACAGCGGUGGCUCUUUUGGCUCUGGCUGGCCAAAGCUUGCUGCUAAAUCGAGGGCUCUGCCGAGCCUCACAGCCAUUGCUGCAAGCUCUGCGUGUCACCAGCAAUCCGUGAGCUGCCCCACAGCCUGCUGCCGUGCAAACGUUGCAUCUCUGAGGACGCGGUGCAGCACAAAGCUGCACAAGGCUCUCUCAGCAGCCCUAGACGCCAGCCGCUGCGGCGCAUCGCGCGCAAGCCCCCUUCGGAGCGAGUGCUGCAGUAGACUCGCCGCCUCGGCAAAUCGACGAUGAUGGCCGCACGCUUAGCACUCCUCGUCGCCGUGGCCGCGAGCACCGCAAGCGCCCUGAAACCCCUCGCCUCGCCGGUGGUCAUUGGAGGCACGACCGGCGCCGUCACCGCCGCGUUGUACGGCAAACUCCAGAGGAUGGAGUCCGUCUUCGACUCCGGGUUAGGCCGACCGGCCCUCGUCGGCUCGGAAAAGUUGGUAAGACAAACGGACAAGAUCCUGUGGCGGGCCUACUCGAUGGCGAGCGUGACGCCGGGCGACGUCGUGCCAAAGGUCGACUUUAUCAAGUUCCGAGGGCUCCUCGGGUCGGCUGCUCCUCUCUACUUCGUGGACAGCACCGGGUUUCAGGCUGCCGCUUCCCAGGAGAAGGGCCUCUUCGACGGCCUGCCGAACCCCUUCGGCGGCAAGCCUUCCUCAGGCAAGCCGAAGCCGAAGAAGCCGGCGCCGGGCGGCGGCCUCAAGCUUCCCUCGCUGCCCAAUCCCUUCGGCGGCGGCGACGGCGGGAACCCGCUCGAGGCCUUGCUGCCGCCGAACCGCAACGAGAACUUCAUGGGUUCUGAGCCCGUGACGAAGAGCGCGCCGGUGCCGCCGCCACCUUCAACAAAGCCGGGCGCGCCCGACGCUCAAUUACUACAAGCCUUGACUACCGCUCCGGACGGCGCGUGCUACGUCCUCACAUCAUCCGAGGGCGUCGCCGCCUGCGAGGAGGCUCUCGCGAAGUACCCGGCCCUGAAAGCGACGAUCAUAGCGCCGGCGAACGGUGUACAAUUGUCAUCAGAUGGCGACUGGGUGUCGGCUAGACCGCAGGACUUGGAAGGUGAGCUCGUCGCACCUGUUGCUUUAGGUGAUAGUGGAGAAGGGUCGCUGGACGUGCAGGACCUGGCCGAGGUCGCCAUCCAAGCUAGUCUGAGGCUGUCUCGGGAUGUGGAGCGGAGGACGAUUCGCGUCGUGUCGUCGGGCGGUGCCGCGGCGACGCGCCAGAACGAGAAUUAUUUCACGAACUUGGGCGGCGAGAAGGCCGCUCAGAGGGAGGGCGACGUGACGUCGGUGGACUGGACGGCGACGUUUUCGGUCCUGGCGGAGGACGUGGAAGUGUUAAAAUCGCCGGAGGAAAGCGACUGGGCGGCGGGGACGUAUAGGUAGGGUAAGCGUCGGUGGCGUAUGGGGGACUGUGCGAUGUUGUUACGGG